GUUCCCUAACCCCAGUACUUCCAUCAUGGCAGGCAGUAAGUUGGUGCUAGAAGGUAGAGUAAGUAUAAACGCAUUUAUUUUAGGACUCAGCGUGGUUGUAAUCCCAUUGAUCAGAACCUGGUUUGGACAUCUUGACUGGGUCUUUGAUUAUCUGACGGAGACUGCCGGUAAAAUAGCGAUUUGUAUCCACAUUGCAGUUAUCAACGGCCUCUUGCUAAUCAUAUACAGGGGACCGCUAUACAAGGUUGCUGUAAGAGCCUGUUUUCUGGGAGUUACUUUUGGCUGUGGCUUAAUUAUAAGCUUCUCUGAAACCACUUGGACACAUUUUGGCUGGUAUAUGUGCUCCCUGUCAUUCUUCCAUUACUCUGAGUACCUGGUGACAGCCAUCAUCAACCCUCGCAGCCUGUCAUUGGACUCGUUCCUGCUCAACCACAGUGUGGAGUACACCCUGGCUGCUGUCUCAUCAUGGGUGGAGUUCACUGUAGAGAAGCUCACAGUUCCAGAGCUGAAGCAGCUAAACUGGUUGAGCUUCGUGGGUCUGCUCAUGGUGCUGUGUGGUGAGGGCCUGCGUAAGGCGGCCAUGUUGACAGCCGGCUCCAACUUCAACCACAUUGUCCAGAAUGAAAAGGCCCAGAGCCACGUGCUGGUCACCGACGGGGUCUACUCCUACUUCAGACACCCCUCCUAUGUGGGCUGGUUCUACUGGAGCACAGGAACACAGGUCCUGCUGUGUAACCCUGUGUGUAUAUUGGGCUACACGAUAGCCAGCUGGCGAUUCUUCCGGGAGCGAAUCGAGGAAGAAGAGCUCUCCCUCAUCCAUUUCUUUGCCGAGGACUAUGUGGAGUACAAGAAGAAGGUACCCACCGGGCUGCCCUUCAUCUCAGGCGUCCGUGUCAACUAGUUGCAGGAGCUAAAUGCUGGACAUAACAGACUUAAAGCACUAAAGCAGGUCAGACCUGGCGGGUGUGUAGCAACUGCCAUGGCGGCUGCCCUCCGGAGGGAAACCGUGCAGCUGGCUGAGAGCCUGUAGCUUACAGACAAAGACCGUAACAGCGGGGAUGGCGGCAGGCAGCUGGGCUGCUGUUUUUCUACCAACUUCCGAAAUCCAGUUAAAGACCAGAAAACCUCCACUGUACUACAUUUAUUUCAAUAACAUCCACUCCAUGUGUUUCUGUUGUGCUUCUGUUGGCAUGCUUUGACCAUGCAGUGGUUUCACUGACCUGUUGUAGAAUGAUACAGUGCUGGGCCCUUUGGUAUCAUAUCCACAGACUGUUAACCAUUUAGACCGUUUUCUGAAGUUGGAGUGAAUAUUUGAGUUUUAUAGAAACUUUUUUUUUUCUUCUUUAAAUUAUAAGAUUAUUAAUAUUUUCAAUAAGUUGCCAUCACUAUCUCUAAUUAAAUUAAACCAAUUUAAAACCUAACAAAUGGAUUAAUCAACUAAACUAAUUAAAACUUAUCCCAUGUAGUAGAGAUCCUCACAGGUCCACUCUGUUUCUAGUAUCCAAGACCCAUCCCUGGACAUGAGUUGAGCCCAUUCAAAUUGAUAUUCAUUGUAGUAAAGUUCUGGUACGCUCCCAUUCUAUUGCUGCAGGUCUCAGAUCUGUAUGUAUCAUCAUUACGAGGCUGAUGGAGAGAUUGAGUGAAAUGUGCAUGAUCUUUUUUUUAUGAAUAUAAUACAUUUGCUUUGAGUAGGUUGUCCACAGGUCUGUUUUAUGGUUUAUUUUAAGCAGUGUAUGAAUGAAUUUACGAAUCCAAACAUUGUGUGUUCCUUUAACAGUGUUCCUUUCCAAUACCCUUGAUUUUAAAGUUGCUAGCUCUUGAAAACAGUAUCAAAACAGUGGUAAAGGGGACAAUAAAUAACAUAAAUUUUUUUUAUUUAAGAAUUGUCCUUGAAAGUAUAGGUUUCUAUCAGGUUCUUUUAAGGCUGUUUAAAUUUAGUUAAUGAGGAAGCUCUUUCAUUUACAGGUGACUAAAUAUAAGGCUAAUAGUGGCUGAUUUUUGCCUAAUCCUGAUAUCCACUUCCUCAUUGUGCACUCAGGCUAAACACUUAAGUCACAAAUCACAACAUAAGUUUGAAUAAAACUUUGUCAGGUGGUUUUUCAAAGAGUUGGAUUACAAAAUUGUGUAAAGUGACCAUUGUGUUUUAUGUUUCUCUUUCAAUUAAUUGAGACAUGUUUGUGUAUACAAGGGCAUGUGGCAUGACGGAUGAUUAAAAGUUGUGUAUCACCGAAGAAGAGUUGGGUUCAAGUCCUGCGGCCAUAUUACAGAAACUUCCUAUCUUAAGUCUCCAUUUAAGAUAGGAAGAGUCUUUUUCCGCAUUUGGUAUCGCAGAAGCUAGGGCUGUUCAUUUCCCUCCUGUACUUGCCUGAAUCUGCUGUGUCUUCAUCUCUGGAGUCAGAGCCCUGGUUGGAGCCAGCUCAAUCAGCAGGCCUUCAAGCUCUCAGUCCUGGUGCAGGCAGCUAAAAGGACCGCCAAUUAGCUAGUGGCAGCAGCUAGUACAGUUAGCAUAUGCAACAGUGCACCAGUAAGUGACUCCCUGUUUUACAAGAGAAAAGGUCCAUGUUCAAACAAUCCCCUGAUACUUCCCGCUCACAAGACGCAGCUCCCGAACACAUUUUGGCAUUGUUUUGUUUUUCUGCAACUAGCUGACCAAUGAAAACUAUUAGGGCACACCCCUAACAGAAAAAGAUCCUAACUAACUUGAGAAUUUUACUUCAUGCUAUCAUAUCUAGGGUUAAAAAAUCCCAAAUACUCAAUCUGACAUUGUUUAUUAACUUUUUGUCUGUUGCCUAGAAACUGAUGCUACUUCUCUCAUCUUGCCAAGCUAAACCACUUUGUAACUGUUUGGUUUUCUCAUUGAAAUAUACUGAAACACAGAUUGAAACAUACAAAAAAUGAAGCAAAAACAACAGGAACUUCUUAAAUAGGGAUAUGAACAUUGACUAAUCAGUAAUGGCUUUUAUGCUAAAUUAGGUCCUAACUCUUAAUUACCAUUCAAUAUAAGAUCUGCAAGUUAGAAAAGAGUAGUUAGAAAGUUUCUGUAAUCCGGCCCCUUAUCAUCAUUAGUGUGGAAAAGGAAGUGUUAACUCACUGUGUUAUAGCCUCUUUUGUGUUUUUUGUUUUUGUUCUCGAUUUAAUAUAUAAAUUAUUGUUUUGUGAUGAGUCAUCA